AUGGCGACCGUAGACCAAAAUUCCAAUGCUGUUUUGCAAGGAAUCGCAAGACAUUUGAACUGCUUAACGGAAGAAAACCGAAACAUAAGAAAGAAAGCCGUAGAAGGUCUUCGAACUGAAACUAUUGAUAGAACACCGCCGUUGGACCCCGAAAGUCUGCAUUUGGUAUUUUCCGAAAUUCUGAAACCUCUCCUUAAACUUUUAUCGGAUCCGGUAGAAAAAUGCAGGGAGCUUUCCGUUUCCAUGAUAUCGGAUUUCUUAAAACACGUUCAAAAACCAGACGAGCAUUUACCCUAUAUAAUUCCUGUCCUGUGCCAAAGACUUGGACAGCAGGAAAUAGUUGAGACGUCCGAAGAAGUCCGUUUAUCCAGUGUCAAUUUGCUGUAUCAAAUCAUGGAAUUUUCUGGAAAGAAACUUGCUGUUUAUUUAGAUGACAUAAUUAGAAUCCUACAAAGAACAUUAAUUGAUCCUUAUCCAGAGGUUAAAAAGCAAAGCUGCCAUUGUUCAUCACGUUUAGCGAAAACAAUUCCUGAGUAUUUUCAUGCUCAAACAGAUUCACUUGUAAAACCAUUGUUAAUGACAAUUACCCAUCAACAUUCUAAAGUUCGAGCAUUAGUUAUUGAGACACUUGGUGAUAUUCUGCAGUUUGGCAAUGGGAAAUACGUUGAUGAUGUCAUAUCCCAUUUUGCUCAACGUCUGUUUGACCGGACUCCAAUGGUGAGAAAAGCUGUGACUAAAGUCGUUGGCAACUGGCUUCUAGACUUGCCGGACCGUUAUUCAUUUCAUCACAAAUUAAUUCCUCUUCUGCUGACCAGUAUAACGGAUGAACAGCCAGAAAUCAGCGACCUGGCAGAUACCCUGUGGCAUGAUAUUGGAAUGAAGUAUGAAGGCGAGAAUGAAAGUGAUUUAAAAGACAAAAUGGAUUUUGCUGCUGCAGACCCAAGCCACUAUCCCCAAAACGUUGAAAGGCCUAAUCUGGGCUGUCGUACGUUAGUGAUGCGACACCUGUCUAAAAUCCUGCCUGGUCUGCUGCGUGACAUCGGCGACUGGGUGGUGGAGACGCGUGUGAAGUCUGCCGCGCUGCUGUACACAUUGCUACUGAACGCUGAGGACUACGUCACUCAGCACAUGGAGAAACUCACAUCCAGCAUGUACAAGGCCUGCAUGGACGAAGACAAGAGAGUCGUUACAGACGUCCGCCGUGCAGCUGAACUGAUAGGUUACUUCGUCCAACCGGAGGUUUGGUGUAAACUGGUGCUGACCAACGUACGACAGACGCAGUGUUCCGGUUCACUGAUGGUCCUAGCCAGCGUGGUGCGGGGAUCAGAGCGUCACGCUUUGAAAGACUACAUCAGUCAGAUCUGUAACGUUAUAGCCUCACCCGAGAUCUGUCAGUCAAUCCAGACUGAUGUACAUCUACAGCUGCUUGCGUGUAUCGAUGCCAUUCUCGACGUUCUGCAGGAAGACUCUGUGAUUAUCAGUCAGGAUUUGUUCACCGUUCUCCUCACGGUGUUAUCCCAGUCACAGGAACCCGCUGUCAAACAACAGGUGAACGGUCUCCAGUUGAAGUUGGGUCAGACGGAGUGUUUGGAGUCAGUGGCCGAGGUGUAUAGUAGACAUUCGGCUGCUCUCAUUGAAUCCUAUCAACACUGCUUUGGAAUGUGGACUGUUCAUUCUGUAGAGAGACAGAUUUUUGAUGUACUGUUGAUCGAAGCAGGACCGGUCGUGGGUGAACUACUUGACUACAUCAUCCCGAUGCUGGUUACGAACCUCAACCCCGACAAGGACCCGGAGAUGAGACUGAAGUUCUUCGCACUGCUCUCACGCUUGAUGGUGAACGCCGCCAGCACGCUAGACUCAAAGCAGAGGUUUGGCGAUUUCGCCGUGAUGGUGAUCAGAGACAUGGUCAUCCCGAACUGUGAGUGGCGGGCGGGCCGGACGGCCGGGGCAAUACGCACCACAGCCGUGUCCUGCUGCUGGGCCCUGCUGCAGAGCGGAGUUCUCACACGAGAAAAGCUGGAGCCUGUGGUCGAGGAGCUGCUCACUCAGAUCAUCAGUACGAUGCAGGACGACUACAACAAGACGACGCGACUCGUCAGCUGUCGUGUCAUGACUCGCAUCUUCGACCUCAUGGGCUCCUCCCUCUCGCGGGACCGGCUACACAACAUCUACCCCGAGCUGCUGAAACGCCUUGAUGACAGCAGUGACGAGAUCCGGGUGACGGUCACCAAGACGUUUCUGGGUUACUUCAGCUGCUUCGAGUCUGGUUACGAGCCGGACCUGUACCGCGCCCACCUGGAGGCGAUAUACAGAGGUCUGCUGGUUCACCUCGAUGACCCCGAGCCAAACAUACAGGAGGCCAUGUUAGAGGUCCUUAAAUAUGCUGGUGAGUUGGUCCCAUCCAUGCUGAAAAAUGAGGUUGAGGCUGUUAAACACAAACACCGAACACAGCGGUACUGCGAGCAGCUGCUACAACACUUGAAUCAAAUCAACACGGCUCAGUGAUGGAGUUAUCUUGGUCAUUCAGUGUUUACCGUCUAUUACUGAACUUCACGAAACCAUCAACAUUAAACAUAAUGACAGACUUGUCUAGAAAACAUUUUUCUUCAGACAUAAUUUUGUAAUACAUCAAGCCUCUUACUGUGUAUGUGUGUGGAUUUAUGUGUUUUUGAAGUCUUAACACCAUUCUGGCAUCUAUUGUUAAAACUGCAAUCUCAAGUAUAUUUUACAUAAUAUUUAAGGAUUUAGAAUAGAUUAUCUAGUUUAGUUUUAAUCUUAUGAUGCACCAUUUUCCAUUUAAUUUGACAUCUGUCUUAAAAAAUACAUUGUAUUAUAACAAGGAAAGAAGGAAAUGUUUAUUUAAUGACACAUGCAACACAUUUUAUUUACGGUUAUAUGGCGUCAGACAUAUGGUUACGGACCAUACAGAUAUUGAGGGA